CUUCUUCAUCCUUUUCUCUUCAUCUUCCUUCUUCCUCAAAGCAAUCCUCUUUCUUGUUAUUCAUCUCUAAUUCUCUCUAUUCUCAACGAUGGCCCUUACUCCUCCCACCAAUGACAAACCAUUCUCUAUAAGCCAAAUCAAAGCUUACGUACCCAUCACUCUUGACAUGACCAAACUCAAUUAUGAUACAUGGAGAGAGCUUUUUGAAACACAUUGUAGCAGUUUUGGUGUUCUUGGUCACAUUGACGGCACCUCCUCCUCCACACCGGAAACUGAAAAGUCAUGGAAGGAACACAACGAUCUUGUCAAGAUGUGGAUCUACGGGACAAUUACGGAGUCCAUCCUCGAAACUGUUCUCAAACCAAAGUGCUCCGCUCAUGACCUUUGGACUGCCAUCGAAAGCUUGUUUCGUGAUAACAAGGAAGCACGCGCUAUGCAAUUAGAGAAUGAACUGCGAACCACAGUUAUUGGAGAUCUAUCUGUUCAUGAAUAUUGUAAGAAGCUCAAGUCCAUCUCCGAUCUCCUUGCGAAUGUUGAUUCACCGAUCUCCGAACGUGUCUUAGUGAUGCACAUCCUCAAUGGCUUGUCAGACAAGUUUGAUAGUAUCAUCAACGUCAUCAAACAUAAAUCGCCUUUUCCGGGUUUCAUUGAAACACGGUCGAUGCUACAAAGCGAGGAAGAUCGACUAUCGAAGCACGUGAGGUCUGUCCCUAGUAGCGCUCCUCCUUCUGCUUCUUCUUCUUCACCUACUCUUCUCUACACUUCAUCGGAGCCAUCCCAGAAUCAUCCUUCUACUCACGGUUCCGGUAACCACUCCUACUCCAAUAAUUCUAAUUAUGGUGGCAAUCGUGGCAACCGUGGCAAUCGUGGUCGUGGCCGUGGCGGUCGCGGAUAUCGAGGUCGUGGAGGUCGUUUCUACAACAACAAUUAUUGGCAGCCUCCUUAUCCAUCAUGGCCUUCUCCUCCUUACGCUUCUGCACCACCUCCUCCAUUUCAUGGAUACUCCGGCUACUCAGCUCCUCCUCGUCAUGUCUCCAUGAUGCAGCCUGGUCUUCUUGGUCCUACACCACUAAGGCCGCAUUAUGAAUCCCACACCUCUCAUCUCAUGUCUCCCUCACCACCACAACACACAUUGCUUCCGGCUCAAAUCACUCAUGCUUUCAAUACUAUGUCUCUCCAAGAUCCGACGGAUGCUCAGUGGUACAUGGACAGUGGCGCGACUAAUCACAUCGCUUCUAGCGCAGGAUCUACGUACUCGGAACAAACUUCUCCGAUGUGACAGCUCCGGUCCUCUAUAUGCGGUUCCUUCCUCUACAAAUACUUCUCUGCCUCUUG